AUGGCCGCCACAUCCAUUUGCGACGACGCGGUCGAGCUCGCAGACGAGGUCAUAAAACUGCACAACUCUCUCGAACAGUUUUGCGCCUCGUACGCCGACGUCGAGAAGAAGACGGCCGCCAGAAACUUCUUCACCGUGCACUGGGGCACCUUUGAGGAGGGACCCAUCGACGCCGCCGGAGUCCUCGAGCAGCUCGAGGAAGACAUCGAGAAGACGGAGACCGCCCUCGCGGCUGCCAAGCAGAAGCUGGAAGAUAUUCUCAAUGGCAUGCACCCUGGUGAGCACGUCCUGUGGUGGAGCCGUUGCAAGCGCCAGCACUCCCCAAUCAAACCUUUGGCGGAGUACAAGCCUUUCCUUGAGGAGCUCGCCAGCGAGCUUACCAGCGAGUGUCCGAGCAUGAUAUUUUCUAGCGAAGAGUGGUCCGACGAAGAGAAGGAAGAUCCGGCUUCAGAGGAAGAGAUGGCUUCGGAGGAGGACGAUGAGGACAAGGAAGACAAGGAAGAGAAGGAGGAGGAUGAAGACGAGCAGGAUGAGAACAAAGAGGAGAAGAAGAAGGAUGAAGAGGAGGAGAAGAAGUAG